AUGGCGUCCGCCGGUGAUGAUGUCGACGGCGGCGGAGGCUUCUGCGACGACAUCGACUUCAUGGUGCUGCGGCCGGACAAGGGUGGGUUGCGCGACCUCGUCCACCUUCUGUGGUCGGCCAACGUCGGGGAGAACGCCGCCGUGGACUGCCCCGCCGGCACGGAGAUCGCCGAGGCGCGGCGGCGGUGGGCCGUCUUCGUGUCGCUGGUGGCGCAGAUGCUGCUGAUGUGGGCCAAGAGGCCGGUGGCGCUGCUGGGGCGGGCGGCGGAGUACUGGAUGAACCUCCUCAACGAGAACGGCGGCAGCGUCUUCAUGCUCGUCGGCAACGCUCUCCACGGGAAGGUGAAAAUGCCUGACAGAGAAUCCCUGAACUACCGUUCCUGCAUCGGACUGCUCGACACGAGGAUCGAACUCGACAAGAAGAUCAAACCCGGGGAUAGUAACUAUCACGCCGCCCUGUCGAUCAUGGCCGCAAAAAUGUCCUACGAGAACGAGCUCGUCAUCAGCAGAGUUGUAAAGAGCCACUGGCACAUGGAAUUCCUGGGGUUCUACAACUGCUGGAACGAAUUCGAAGGGGACUACACGACGCAGGCGUUCAUGCUGGCGGACGCGCCGGCGCCGGACGCGACGCUGGCCGUGGUGGCCUUCUGCGGCACGAAGCCGUUCGACACGGAGCAGUGGUGCACGGACGUGGACUUCUCCUGGUACGAGGUCCCGGGGGCCGCCGGCUGCCGCGUCCACGGCGGCUUCAUGAAGGCGCUCGGCCUGCAGAGGCACGGCGGCGGGUGGCCGAAGGAGAUCGACGACCCCACCGGCGCCCGCGACGACAAGCCAUUCGCCUACUACGCCAUUCGGCAGGAGCUGAAAAAAUUCCUGCACGACAACCCGAGCGCCAGGUUCGCGGUGACCGGGCACAGCCUGGGCGGCGCGCUGGCGGUGCUGUUCCCGACGGUACUGGCGCUGCACCGGGAGGAGGCCGUGCUGGGAAGGCUGCAGGGCGUGUACACGUUCGGGCAGCCCCGCGUCGGCGACGCGAGGCUGGGGAAGUUUAUGGAGCCGCACCUGGAGAACCCCUGCAGGUACUUCAGGUUCGUCUACUGCAACGACAUCGUGCCCAGGGUGCCCUACGACGACUCCACGUUGCUGUUCAAGCAUUUUGGGACAUGCCUCUACUUCGACAGCUUCUACAGAGGGAAGGUGACGGGAGAAGAGCCCAACAAGAACUACUUCUCGGUGCUGAUGGUGGUGCCGAAGAUGGUGAACGCGGUGUGGGAGCUCAUCCGGAGCUUCCUCAUCGGCUAUGCCGAGGGGCCGGAGUACACCGAGGGGUGGCUGAUGCGUCUCGCCAGGGUGGUCGCGCUGGUGCUGCCUGGGCUGCCGCCGCACGCGCCGCAGGACUACGUGAACGCCACCAGGCUCGGAGCGGCCUCGCUCGGGCCACUGAGAUAGAUCAAUGCAUGUUGUUUACUUCUAAAAUUGAAGGGAUUCACGAACAGAACAGGGAUGUAAAAGGUCUAGA